AUGGCUGACGAUUACAUGUCUGACGAUAUCAUCAUGGGAAUUUCCCAGAGCAGCUCGACAGGUAUUUUGAAAGGAGCUCGGUUUUCGCAUGUCACGGUUUUUCUUUCCAGGAUUGUCCGUUUCUAGAGAGCAAAAGCGUCGGCUGAACAUUGAGCGUCAUAGAGACGAAGCAGAGAUGAGGCUGAAAAAAAGGGUGACUCGAGAUGAUAUAGGUUUUUCUUAAUUCUGGAGCCUUGAAUUGCUUAUUUCUUUAGAGAAAGAAAGACGCGAAGAAGGUUUGAAAAAGCCGAUAGGAGAAGAAUCGAAAGGGUUUGCUCUUUUGGCGAAAAUGGGAUACAAACCUGGAAUGACUUUAGGACGGAAAAAAGAUACAGGUUCGUACGGAAUUUCGUAAAGAGGUUGACAAAGCAUUUUAAAUUUCCAGAUGCGACUGAGAAGCGCGGCUUGAGAGAGCCUAUUUCGAUGGACGUCAAAGUGAACAGAAAAGGCCUCGGACAUGAGGCUCACGAAGAAGGAGAGCGAAACUCCCGUGUCGAGCAGCACAUGGCUGUUAUGCGAGAGCAGGCGAAGAAAAACGUAGGUUUUCCUUGUGUUUUAGGCGUUUCGCAUUUUUUAUUUCUAGGAAGAGCUUAUAGCAGAGUACAAAGAUAGGAGGAGGGCCGAAAGUUCGAUCAAAACCAUAUAUAGCGACAUUCAGAAAAGUCGAAAAGCUUGUUUAGAGCUGGACGUUAGGUAUGUCUUGAAUAUCAAAUAGAGUUGAAAUUCACUCGUUGAAUUCAGAGAAGGAUUGAAGUCGCCGCAAAAGUUUUGGUUCUGGAAAAGCUACAAGCGGAAAGAAGAAAAAGAUGCUGCUGUGUACUCUAAAAAAGUGAGCGAAGAAGUAGAAGAGUAGGUUUUCGGCUGAUUUUCUCAAACUUUAAUCUUUAUUCAGAUAUUUUUACUCCGAUGGGAGUCCAGCGCUACCGGAACCACAGUGGUUUGAACUGGAGAAAGAUAAUCUCUUGGAAAGGUUUGAAUUUUUUAAUUAUUUUGUGUUCUAUAGCAAGUUUUGAUUUUUCAGAUUAGUUACGAUAACCGAUUAUUUGCGGACAAGACAUUCGUAUUGCAUUUGGUGUGGCUGUCAAUUCGAAAACAGCGAUGAAAUGACGUCACAAUGUCCAGGCGACUCUCGUUCAAUUCACGAUUGCGAUGACGAGUUUUGA